AUGAGAAGGACAUCCAUACCUUGCAACAAAGAAAACCCACGACCGAGGUUGCUUGGAUCCCCCCCCCCCCCCCAUCCUGAAUGGGUGGUGGUCAACUCUGAUGGUUCUGUUAAAUACCCGGAUUCGUUGGCAGCUGCAGGAGGUCUGGUGCGUGACAGCUCUGGCAGGUGUCUAGGUGCGUUCGCCUCUAAUCUCGGAGCUUGCACCAUUACCAGGGCGGAGCUGCUGGGUGCUAUUCAGGGGCUUCGGCUUGCCUGGAGCCUGGGGUAA